AUGCUUUCCUGGAGAGGUGCACAGGGGAAGCGUUGUGACAAGAAUAGAGAAAUUCGCAUAGCAGUGGCAGACUUUGUAUGUUUUGCUACAUGCCAAUUUUCCGUUUCCCAACACAACACAGGCAUCGGAACUGACAAAGCAUCGAACAAAAAGCGCCCCAUGAUCUUGAGAGACUUUAAAGACAUAUUCCUUCCGGGUAUGCCAAGAAAACUUAAAGGUGUCCCGAAGGAAGAGGAUCAAACAAGAAGACAGGAACCUGUUCCUCGAGGCUUAGUUUUAUCAAAUCCAAACGACAUCUCAGAUAGGCUGACAAGUCUUGGCUCAACCAGGCGAUUGACGCCACAGAAGGCAAGACAACACAUCGCCCAAGGCGGCCGCAGCAACACCGCCUCCAUGCGAGAAAGCAGCCUCAGCGAGUGUGCCUGGCGAUCAACCCCAAAUCCAGGAGCACAUCGCUCAUCGCAGCAGGCAGUGCAUGAUGUCUGGGAAAGAGGCGGGAACUCCAAGCUUUGCUCUGCGUGCAUGCGGCACAGAUGA